AUGGCACAAGUUAACUCCUCUGGUGUCGCUGCCGCAGCGACGUCUAGCAAAGUGGGCGCAUUGUCGUCUCAUCCGCUCAAGGCGACAAACAUUGGCAAGGAUAACGACUCUUCUUUUGGUGCCGGCGCUCCGCAUGGACAAGUGCAGGGGCGUGCCCGAGGACACCACCAGCCGGGCAAGGGCCACAUUGCGGGAACAUGCGAUGGCGAGCAGCAGCACGCCCCAGGCCUGUGGAAGUCGAUGAUAGGGUCGCAGAGGGCCUCCAUGACCCCGCCAUCACUCGUGAUAGAUGAGAACACCCGCGGCCAGGGUCGAGGGCAAGCUGCCCGUUCAGGCAGUCAGCAGAAUAGGCACUCGUGGGAAGACGACAGCGGCUGCCCUGCGGAUAGUGCGUACAUUGCUUUGACGAGCGCGCCGCUGCACAGGCGGCCCCGGCCUUCCUUUCCUGGCGUACGUCUUCCCGCCUGGUGUUGGUCCGCGUCGGCGACGGUGUAUCCGCUCUCCGAGGACGACCUCCUGGGCUUUUUCCAUUAUCUACAGCUGACCUCCCAGGAGAAGGCGGCACGAGCGCGGCUGUUUGAUUACGUCCAGACGUGCAUGGCGGAGGUGUGGGGUCCUUGUAAAGCGGGAAGCAAACCCCGCGCGACAGCACAGGUGAUGCUCUACGGCAGCUACGCUCUAGGGAUUUCUUAUCCACGCAGCGAUAUCGAUCUUGUCCUCACCUUCCCGGCCGAGGAGCAAAAGGACACCGCUAGGUUUGCGGUGAAGAGGAGUGGUUGCGGGGAUCUUGUUCCCGCGGUGCCGAUGGCCUUUAAGGAACGCCAGGCACUGUGUCUGGAGCGGCUCCACGACCUCGCCGAGCAGCUUUGGAAGUCGGCAUCGUUUCCCCAACUGGAGGUAGAGAUACACGGUCAGUGCUACGUGACGCGCAUUCAUCUGCGAGACAUGACCUGCAAUGGCGUGUCGUGUGACAUCAACAGCUCCUUCGUCUCUGCGCGCGUCGCCCGCAUCGUGGCGCGUCGGCGGCUAUGACUGCAAGACUUGCCGCUCGGGGCGUUUCUAGUGCGCCUCACCAAGGCAGCCGUGAAGCAGUGGGGUCUCAACAUAGUCGUCUGCGGUGGCGUCACGUCCACAGCGCUUUACUCCCUGGUGGCCUGCUUCCUCGCUUAGAUGGAGCAGCUUCGUCCACACGCGCAGGUGGAGGAGAACCUGUCCCCGCCGCGCUACGAGGAGGCCUCCGCCACGCCUGUUGCGACGUUCCUAUCUUCGUUGCCUUUGGUGUCUCUGUUCUCUUCACCACAUAUACCCGUGCUACCGUUGACCAGCAAGUCUCUCGCGCCGCCUAUGCCAUUGCUAACCGACACGACUUCCAUUGCUCGCGGCGGCAACGCGCUAAGCAGAGCAGUGGGCGUUCCUUCACCUGAGCCGAGCUGGGUCGCGAAGAGCCAGAAGCACGGCUUGUGCAAGUCCUUGUCUUUUCGCGAGGCGAAUCAGGAGGACAGCGCACUGUGCCUUGUUCGUAUGACUGCUUAUUCGCUUUCCCACGCGGACAGAGUGAGUGGUGCAUGCAAUGAGGACAGUGAGGAGGACGACGAGGUGGAUGACUACACCCAGGCGGUCCUCACGCACAGCUCCGGAUCCCCCACUAUUGUGGCCAGGCCGACUUCUCGGGCUGCAGCAAGCACAUCGCCGUCAGCUGCAAGCGAAGCGUACGAAAGAGUUGCAGCGACCACGUCUGCUAGUGAUGCGCCACGGACGCGCGUCAAUCCUGCUGCGCAACGCGAGAGCGGGUUUCCCAAUGCGCAAGAGCUCACUCGCAUCGCGCAAGCGCGGUAUGGUGCGCCCCCA